AUGCCUUAUAAAAAGCUGCCUGUGCUGGAGGUAGACGGGAAACCGGUAGCGCAGGGUAACGCUGUGGCGCCUUAUUUGGCGAGGAAGUACGAUCUAACGGGAAAUUGCAAAGGGGAUGCGCUGAUAUGCGAAGUGCUCGUCGAUACUCUUGAAGAUUUGGAGCAAGAUAUCUGCUACUAUCGCAUGGAGGAGGAUCCUGAAAAGAAGGAAGCGAGGAAGAAUCAACUGUUGAACGAAACAAUACCAUUUUACUUGACUAAAUUCGACCAGAUUAUUGGCGAAAAUGAAGGAUACAUCAUUCCUUCUAUCGUAAGAUUUUUUAUCCAAAUUUAA